AUGCGCCUGUGGACGCCCGAAGGCCUCCUGUAUCCGAUCACGGUUACGAAGCUGCUACGGCGGCCAGGAGAUGCCAUCGAGAUCAAUGCGCCGCUGUUUGUGUACGAGUACAAGAGCACUGAGCUGGAAUGGAAUGAGGAUGUGCGCGAGGAGGUGACGGUGACGCGAACAUGGCCGACCAACUUCGAGAGCGAACUGGAGGGAAAGGUAGAGUCGCUGGACGUGGAGGUCGGCCAGGUCAUCACGCGGCGCACCGUGGUCGCGCAUAUCGAGGAGGCAUGCACACACGAAUCGCAGUUUGGUGGCAUGUGUAUUGAGUGUGGCAAGGAUAUGAGCCAGCGGACGAGCUACAACCAGACCGUGGCCGGCACUUCGCGAGCGACCAUCAACACCGUCCACGGACGUACAGAGCUCCUUAUCUCGGCUGGAGAGGCGGCCAAGAACGAUGAGGAGGCGCGGCGGCGACUGUUGGAUGCCCGUAAGCUGAGCUUGGUCGUCGACCUCGAUCAGACCAUCAUCCAGGCAAACGUCGAGCCCACCAUCGGAGAGUGGAAGAAUGAUCCCACAAACCCUAACUGGGAGGCUCUACAGGACGUUUGCAUGUUCCAGCUGGUGGACGACGGCCGAACGUGGUAUUAUGUCAAGCUGCGGCCCAAUACUAGGAACUUCCUCGAAGACAUGUCGGAGCUAUUUGAGAUGCACAUCUACACAAUGGGGACGCGUGCCUAUGCCGAUAACAUCGCCAAAAUCAUUGAUCCGACGCGAAAAAUAUUUGGUGAUCGCAUCCUCUCCCGUGACGAGAAUGGCAGCAUAACGGUCAAGAACUUGAAGCGCCUGUUCCCCGUGGAUACGCGGAUGGUCGUUAUUAUCGACGAUCGCGCUGAUGUCUGGAAGUGGACGCCGAAUUUGGUGAAGGUCAACCCCUUUGAAUUCUUCCCUGGCGUGGGAGACAUCAACAGCAUGUUCCUACCCAAGCGUGAUGAGGUAGAAUUGCCCAGGGCAGCCAAGAUGGAGCGAAUACCGUCAAAAUCUGCAGAUUCGAGCAGCCUUGAACCACCCUCCGAAUCAGCGUCCACAUCCACURCACCUUCAACAUUACCGCAAGCAAAUAGCGAGGUUUCAGCACUCGAUCAGAUCGUUUCCAUGGCAGGCGAUCAGGACGCCAAGAGCGUAAAGGAGAAGUCAGAAGAGCAAGAGCAGACAAUUGCAGCACAAGUUGAGGAUCGACCGCUGCUUCAAAAGCAGAAGAUUCUAGAUGAGCUUGAAAAUGAGGCCAACGCAUCAUCGCCCGCGGUCGAGGCAGCUGCAGAGCUUUUGGCUGAAAACGGCGAGAUCAAAAAGCAGACCCCCGCACAACCUGCCCCACACAAAUACCGUGCCAACUUACUCCAAGAUGACGACGAAGAACUGCUCCAUCUUGAACAGCACCUCCGCAGCAUUCACACAGCAUACUUUGAUGAGUUGGACAAAAAGGCGGCCGGCACCAAGGGUGGCAGGAUUGCCGAACUUCGUCCAGGUCACAGCAAGAAGCGCUCCAUUGAUGAACUGGACAACAUCCCAGACGCUGCCCCAAUCAUCUCAUCAAUGAAAGCAAGGGCUCUCGCGGGUGUGCACAUCGUGUUCUCCGGUGUCAUUUCCCUUGGAGUGGAUGUGCUCUCCCAUGACAUGACCAGAUGGGCGCAGAGCUUCGGAGCCGUGGUGACUGAAAACAUAACCAAAAAGACGACUCAUGUUAUCGCCAGUCCCGAGCGAAGGACUGCGAAGGUGCGGCAAGCGGCUAAGAAGGCUGGCAGAAUCGCCAUUGUCAGCAUGAGCUGGCUGACAACCUGCUUUAUGCAAUGGAAGAAGGUGGACGAGACGCCUUAUAGAAUUCACCUGGAUGCUUCCGCUAAUGGUGCCGGAGGCCUGCCAGAGGGCUUCGAAGGCAAGGACUUUGCCCUCUCCUCGUCUGRUGAAGAAGCCGCACAGACGGAUGCUGAAGCAGAUGCGGACACACCAGACCCCGAUGGAGACGCAGUUCCAAAUGGUACUGCAAAUGCGCGAAAGGCUCCUAGCCUUACUGUCGACACGGAAAUUGAUACCGAUAGCGAGGAGCUCGCAAAAUACGCGCCGUCGCUCGAGAGACAGGACAGUUCACCAACGGAGCUAGAGCAGCCAGAUGCCUGGGACGAUAUCGACAACGAAUUCGCGGAGUUUAUGAACGGCGAGGAUGGGACAGAAACCGACGACAGUGRUGCAGAGAGCUUCACUAGCGGAGCUAGCGAUAUUAGCAACGACUCUGUAACGCCGGUGAACCCAACCUCCUCUGCCAAGAAGCGAAAACUAUCUCAGGAGGAGUCAGAUGGUGAGGCCAGUGCCACACGACUGCAGAAGAGGAAAAAGGAGGCCUUGGAAAGGACUAGCAGCCUUACCAACUUCGUGGAUCGACCUGGCAGCAGUGAGCCUGGCUCUUCACCUGCACCGGCAAUUGAACCUGCUGGUGGCGAGGACACCGACGAAGAUGAUGAUCUGGAGGCGCAGCUUGCAGCCGAGAUGGAGAGACUGAGCGAUGAUGAAUAG